GCCACCCUCGUGAGAGGAGCAAAUGCCACAAAAUUGUCUCAUGGUCCAAGUCAGACUUUGCAACACUAUAAAUCAGCUCCCAGGACAGGGCUCCUCAGCCAGAGUGAUCAUAACACCAUCAAGGAAGAGCCCUAUCAUCUGCAGUCAGAAUCAUGUGUGACCAGCAGAAGCAGCCCUGCCUGCCACCCCCAGAGUGUUGCGUGAAAGGGUCUUCUUUUUCCCCCUCCCCAUCCUUUGCCCCCAUAAAAGGCCAGGCCUCGGGUGAAGUACAAACUUUUCAGACUUGCUCUGCAAAGGGUCAAGUUGUAAGCCAAUCUCAAACUUCAUCUACAAAAGGCCAGGCCCUGUGCCAGUCUAAUAUAUGUUCAGGAAAGGGUCAAGCCCCAAGUCAGUCCCAGGUAUGCUAUAUCCAGUGCCAGGCCCCAUGCCAGGCCCAGGAAUCCUAUGUAGAAUACCAAGUUGCACAUCCUGUUCAGACCUCCUACAUACAAUGCUCUCCAGUUUGCUCUACCGAGACUUACUAUGUGCAGUGCCCAGCUCCAUGCCCUGUUGAGACCUAUGUGCCAGUCACAGCUCCUCAGCCAGUUCACACUUAUGUAGAAUACUACCCUCAAUGCCAGGCUCAGAGGUAUUAUAGCAGCAGUGUGCCUCAGCACCAGUCUCAGGGGUACUAUAGCAGCUGUACCUCUCAACGCCAGUCUCAGUACUAUGGUGGUGGUGCCCUUCAGAGCCAAUACCAAGGUUCUUACAGCGGCUGUUCUCCUCAAAGUCAGUAUCAGCAAUCCUACGAUAGAUGUCUACCUGCACGCCCCUCUCAGCGUUGUUAUCGUAGCUGUUCUCCUCCACGCCGACCUCAGCCUUCCUAUGUCAGCUGCACCCUUCCGUGCACGACUCGGCCGGCCUAUCGGAGCUGCUCCCCUCCACGCAGAUCUCAGACUUCUUAUACUUACUGUACUCCUCCACGUACAGCUCGGCCGGCAUAUCGGAGCUGCUUUCCUCCGUGUAGCCCUCCACGCACGUCUCGGCCCACCUAUCAGAGCUGCUCCCCUCCACGCAGAUCUCAGCCUACUUAUACUUACUGUACUCCUCCACGUACAGCUCGGCCUGCCUAUCGGAGCUGCUCCCCUCCUCGCAGAUCUCAGCCUACUUAUACUUACUGUACUCCUCCACGCCAAUCUCAGCCUUGCUAUAGUAGCGGCUCUCCAAGGCGUCCAGCUUCAGGGUCUUCUCAGAGAUGUGGUCCCAAACACCGGGUAGAAAUUUGCUCUCCCAACUGUCCUGCUCAGGUCCCCCCAAGGAGGCAGCCUGUUCAGAUUCCCCCCAUCAGAAGCACUUGCCAGGGCUCUAGCACACAAUAUUCUUGUAGCGCUCCCUGCCCACAGCCAUUUCCAGAGUCACGUCCACUCCAAGAUUCAUGUUCACCCCCAGAACGACGGCUGAGACCAUGCCCACUCCCAGCUCCACGCUCUUGCUGGCAACCGCGCCCUGAACCAUGUUCUGCACCCCAGCCUGAGCCGUGUCCUGCACCACGGCCCUGUUUAGAGCCCUAUCCAGAGCCUUGCCCUCAUCCAGAGCCACCACAUGUGGAACCACGUGGCCCUCGCAGUCCUUGCAACUGCCCCAAACCAUGCCCCUGCCCACCUUCUUGUCCUUGUUCUCCUGGCUGCCAUGAAUCUGAGCCUCAUCACCUAGAUAUUGAACCACCACCCUGUGGCCCUGCUGGAUACAAUGAGGAAGAGGCCUUUGGUUCUGUAGGAUGCUCAGAGCCACGAGAUGUGGGUGGCUGUGGUACCAAAGGUGGGGUGAAAGGUUGCUAUUUCUAAUAAGCCUAAAAAGAGAGUAUAUUCCUGUUUUGACUCUGUAGUCAAAUACAUUUCUGUUUGAAGCCCUCCUGCUCAAAAAUUUUCAAUGACUCUCAGCAGCUUACAGAAUAAAUUCUAAGUUUUCUUAUUUGAUAUUCAAGGUCCUUCACCAUACAGUCAUAACCUGUCUGUAUGUCUCUCACCUUUCCUCUCUCCUCUCUUUCCUUCUCUCUUUCCCCCCCUUCCCUCCCCCCUCUUCUCUCUCUCCCUCUC